AUGGAGAUUUCUCUCUCUCCCUCCUCCUUCCUCUCUUCCAGAAACUCAACUCUUCCUCCUCGUAACGAUUAUCAAUUCUACAGACCAAUUUCCGGUGCUGUUUCUGAGUUCCCCCGCUCGCAUUCCUCCUCGAGAUUGUCCUUUAAGCUGAAGAAGCCUUUGGUUGUGAGACACCGCCGUGUUACAGUUAAAAGCCAGAGCUCCGGUGACGUCAAUAAUGAUGACGACGACGGUUUCAUCCUCGAAGACGUUCCUCACCUCACCAACUUCCUCCCUGAUUUACCGUCAUACCCAAAUCCACUGGAAAAGACCCAAGCUUAUGCUAUAGUAAAGAAUACCUUCGUCAGCCCUGAAGAUACAGUUGCUGAGAAUAUUGUUGUCCGGAAAGGCAGUCCUAGUGGUGUACAUUUUAGGCGUGCAGGCCCCCGAGAAAAGGUUUAUUUCACCCCAGAAAAAGUGCGAGCUAGCAUUGUUACAUGUGGAGGUUUGUGCCCUGGCAUCAAUACUGUGAUUCGUGAGAUAGUAUGUGGUUUGCGUAAUAUGUAUGGUGUGGAAGAUGUACUUGGAAUCCAGGGAGGAUAUAGAGGAUUUUACUCUCAGAACACCAUUAAGUUGACACCGAAACUUGUCAGUGACAUCCAUAAGCGUGGUGGUACUUUCCUUCAGACUUCAAGGGGUGGUCAUGAUACCAAAAAGAUAGUCGAUAACAUUGAGGAUCGUGGAAUAAAUCAGGUCUACAUAAUUGGAGGGGAUGGCACUCAUAAAGGAGUUGCAGCAAUUUACGAGGAAGUUGUAAAACGUGGUCUGCAAGUGGCAGUUGUUGGCAUCCCCAAAACAAUUGAUAAUGAUAUUGCUGUGAUUGAUAAGUCCUUUGGUUUUGAUACUGCUGUUGAGGAGGCUCAGAGGGCCAUCAAUGCAGCACAUGUGGAGGCUGAGUGUGUAGAGAAUGGGGUUGGAAUUGUAAAGCUCAUGGGCCGAUACAGUGGGUUCAUUGCUAUGUUCGCAACUUUGGCUAGCCGAGAUGUGGAUUGCUGCUUGAUUCCUGAGUCUCCAUUCUAUUUGGAAGGCCAGGGUGGGCUCUUUGAAUAUAUUGAACAGCGUCUGAAAGAAAAUGGACAUGUCUUGAUUGUCUUGGCAGAGGGUGCUGGGCAAGAAUACGUCGCCCAUAGUAUGCAGACUGUUAAUGGAACAGAUGCAUCAGGAAAUAGGCUACUUCUGGAUUCUGGUCUUUGGCUGACCCAACAAGUGAAGGAUCAUUUUACAAAUGUCCGCAAAAUGGCAAUAAACAUGAAAUAUAUUGAUCCCACAUACAUGAUUCGAGCUAUUCCCAGUAAUGCCUAUGAUAACAUCUACUGCACGCUCCUUGCCCAAAGUGCUGUUCAUGGAACCAUGGCUGGAUACACAGGCUUCACAGUUGGACCAGUAAACAGUCGACAUGCAUAUAUUCCUAUUCAUCGCGUGACAGAGAUGACAAACACUGUCAAAGUGACUGACAGGAUGUGGGCUCGACUGCUUGCAUCUACGAAUCAGCCUAGUUUUCUGCAGAAGUGUGAUAUUCUGCCAUUGGAGAGGAAUGUUUUAAGCAUGAAGUAUCCCGGGUCAAAAAGACAAAAGCUCUUGAUCAUUGUGAAAGAGCCCUCAAUUUUUUGGCGAUUCAUUGUGGUAUACAUCGCUGCUUUUGAGCUUUAUUGCAUACGGGAUGUGUAUUUCCAUUCUUUAAAACAUCAUGGCAUCUAA